AUGGAAGCUACCGACAGCCUCCUCAUGGCCACCGAGCUCAGGCUGGGCCUCCCCGGCACCGACGACAAGCCACACAAGAUCACCUCGGCGAUGUCGCCGCCGGCGACUCCCAGGGGCAAGAAGCGCACCCUGGACGCCUUCGAGUCCACCGCCUCCGAUGAGGCCGACAGGUCCGACGACACCGCGACCGCACCCCCCGUGGCCAAGGCACAAGUUGUCGGGUGGCCGCCGGUGAGGCGCUGCUUCCAGGCAGCGGCGAGCAAGAGCAAGGCGAAGAAAGCGGACGAGGCCAGCAGCAACAACACGCCGUCCGCGGCGGUGCCGACGAGCACCAACGGCUCCUUCGUCAAAGUGAGCAUGGACGGAGCGCCCUACCUCAGGAAGGUCGACAUGAGGAUGUACAAGGGCUACCGGGAGCUCAGGGAGGCCCUGGAGGCCAUGUUCGUCUGCUUCUCCGGGGCAGACGGCGGCGCCUCCAACGGCGGGGGCGCAAACCCGGCCGAGUACGCCAUCACCUACGAGGACAAGGACGGCGACCUCAUGCUUGUCGGAGACGUGCCCUUCGAUAUGUUCAGCGGCACAUGCAAGAAGUUGAGGAUCAUCAAGAGAUCCGAAGCCACAGGCCUGGGAUCCAAAUAA